UGUUAUUGGAGGUUGAAGGGGGUAUGUGCUUGGCAGUUAUUUGAAAAACAGCUUGGUUAGAUGUUCUGCUGGAUCCAGUCUGUGCCUCUUGAUUGUAGACUGGGAAGCGCUCAUGGAGAUCAACAAGAAAGAGGAGAAAGGAGAAGAUGCCAGCCCUGAGGGGGAGAUGACAAAGGAGGAUUUUUCAGAGCCUGUUAAGGGAGACACUGUGCUGGACUGGGCCUCUUCCCAUCAGCGGCCGGUUAUCCACCAGGUGACCUCUGCACCCAUGCCCAGUGACUGUGAGUUCUCCUUCUUUGACCCCAGUGAGCCGCAGUGCAAGGAGGUUCUUCUGGAUCCCAGCACCACCAUACCAGAGCUGUUCGCUGUCCUCAGGCAAUGGGUGCCUCAGGUUCAGAAGAACAUCGACUUUAUCGGCAAUGAGAUUCUAAAGCGAGGCUGCGGUGUGAAUGAUCGAGACGGUCUGACAGAUAUGAGCCUCCUGCACUACUGCUGCAAGGCCGGGGCCCAGGGCAUCGGUGAUGCAGAGAUAGCAGCCGGCUUUGCCCGGCAGCUCCUUUCUUUGGGUGCUGAUCCCAACCUUCGCUCGCGCUGGACUAACAUGAGGGCCCUGCACUACGCUGCCUACUUUGACGUGCCCCAGCUUAUCCGGGUGGUGUUGCAGGCCUCCCAGUCUGGAGAGGUAGAUGCCACCUGUAGUGACUUCGACUUUGGCACCGCCCUGCACAUCGCUGCAUCCAACCUGUGCACGUCAGCUGUCAGAUGUCUCCUGGAGCUGGGAGCCAACCCUGCUUUCAAAAAUGAAAAAGGACAGUGCCCAGCGGAAGUGGUGCCUGACCCACUUGACAUGCCCUUGGAGAUGGCAGACGCAGCCGCCACGGCCAAAGAUCUCCAGGCUUUGCUGGGACGAGCUUUACCCAGACCCAGCUCCCCUCUGCCCCUCACACUACAAGCCCAGACACUUCCUGUUCUCUCCGAUAAGGCCAGGAUGCAGCUCGCCACCAUGGGAAUCCGACUAGGUGACCGUGUGGUGAUAGCUGGACAGAAGGUUGGAAGCCUGCGAUUCUGUGGUAGCACUGAGUUCUCUGGAGGCCUCUGGGCCGGAGUGGAGCUGGACAAACCCGAGGGGAAGAACGAUGGCUCAGUAGCAGGGGUUCUGUAUUUCACCUGUCGAAUCAAACAUGGAAUCUUUGCUCCCCUCUCUAAGAUAAGCAAACCUUUGGAAAGACAUAAAACCAGCACCAGAAAGACUUCUACACCCAUACGCCCCCCUCGUCGCAUUGAUGUGUCCCGCAUCACCUCCAAGAUAAACACCGGCAUUCUCUCCCGCUCUCUCUCCUCUUCGUCCUCUUCACUGGACUCUCGACAUGGGCCAGGUGCCCGACCUCGUCCCCUGCCAAGGCAGCGUCUCCCUGCCAGGCAGCGGAGGGAGCGUGCUUCUCUCAGUGCCAGGACCACACCCUCACCGGCGCUCCGCUCUUCUCCUGACACCACUGCACUUACUACUGCGGGUAUUCGCAGCCGAACCCCCUCAGCUAGUAGCUCUGUAGGUGGGGGCCCUGAGGUGCGUCUGGGGGAGAGGGUGCUGGUGGUAGGCCAGAGAACUGGUGUAGUCCAAUUCUAUGGAAAGACCAACUUUGCGCCAGGGCUCUGGUUGGGCAUUGAACUGGACACGCCAAGUGGAAAGAAUGAUGGAUCAGUGGGAGGAGUGAGGUACUUCAGCUGCCCACCAAAACAUGGUGUCUUUGCUCCUCCGUCUCGUGUUCAAAGGAUCCAUGGAUCUGUUGAUUGCCUGUCAGAGCUCUCCUCCUCACGUCAUCCUUUCAGCGGAACAAUCCGUCGCAGUUUCAGCACAUCAUCGGCCAUCGCCUCCUCGAAGGAGACGAGCAGAAGAAGUCCUGUUACCAGAAGGAGUCGCUCUAAUCCUCACCGUCGGCGGUGGAGCACCCUGAGCGGUGGCAUCGGCGGUGUUCCCGGGAGCACCGCAGGGACCAGCCCCUCGCCCAGCUCUGAAGGACAGAUCUGCCUCCACGUGGGCAUGCAGGUCCUGCUCAGCAGUGCCAAUGACAUGGCAUUCAUCCGUUACCUGGGCACCGCGGACUUUGCCCCGGGCCUCUGGCUGGGUCUGGAGCUCCGAAACCCCAAGGGCAAGAACGACGGCUCUGUGGGCGGCCGUCGUUAUUUCACCUGUCGACCUGGCUACGGCGUGCUGGUCCGUCCCAGCCGCGUCACCUACCGGGGCAUCAACGGUUCACGCUUGGUGAAUGAAAACAGCUAAGAACUGGGGGGGGGGGGGGAGGAUGUCUUGACUUUCUGUUAAUGAUCUACUCCUUUUUUGCAUUGCGCAUUAUUUCUCAUUCAUAUUGUUAGUCGUCUUUACUCUUCCAGAGGUGUUGUAAGUUACAGUAAUAAAACCAGCUAUUAGUUAACAUUUUAAAUACUAGUUUUCGUUUUUGAAAAGAUAUGAGGAAAAGAAAGCACUUUAUAAGAUAAACGUUACAUUCUUAUUAGAAUGAAUCUCAGCAGGAUACAGGGGGAAAGUCUUAAAGACAUAAAACACUGCACUACUUAAUCUGAUUGCACUGAUUGCACCGUAUCAACAUGAUGGAUCAGAACAAGAUCAAGUGGAUGGUAUGGAUGUGCACAUAUGAAAAAGAAACUAAUAGCCAAAGCUAAUUUUGAUCACAUCAUUUAGAUGGUAAUGUAACUUACUUCUAUCCAAAAGUGUGCAUGUGUCUGUCAUUAUGUGUGUGUGUGUGCAUGUGUAUUAAUUAAGAGCACUUUGAAAUAAGAGACAUGAUUGAUUUUUCCAGGGUCAUCAUAUGGCUUAUAGAUGAUUGAUGGAAGUUUCUUUUUACAAAUCAUUGUGAAUGAAACAGGGAUUUAAUUAAGCGGAGACCUUUACCAACCUCCAGCAGAAGACUAACACCAGUUUCUUUCUUUCAGUUUCAACAAUUCCAUAAUAAACUUUCAGCAUAUUGUAAUUAAAGUUGUCUGAUGGAUAACUAGACUUGUGCACCGUCUCUUGGCUCUGUUUUCAGGCUUUAGAAAAUCUAGUUUAUGACAGGAGCCUUUGGCCAAUCACAGGUCAGUUCAGAUAGAGGGCAUUCCUAUUGGCUGUUCUACUAAUGUAGCAGCGUGUGCGCGUCCCUUCAGAUGGUAAAACCUGAUCCAACAGAGGAAUAUACAGCAGGAAAAGUUGCUAUUCCAGCAUUGGAAACAACUGCCUCCACUACAGAGCAACCGAAAAAAAGGAAAACUGACUUAAAAAAUUAAGUGUUUCAGAGAGGGAGAGAAAAUGUUGCUAAUAGUUUAGCUGGCUAACCGUAGUCAGGCUCACUGCUGCGACUAAUACAAGGGGGUGUUUAUGUAGAGCCUCACAUCACAGUUCACCUCAAAGGACUUUACAGGCCCAUAAGUUUGCAAAGUGAACGGGACGAUAAUUCUCAUAGAAUUGCCGCGAUAUAAGGGCAACAGGAUAACGAUCACGAUCAGGAGGAUGUUUGAAAUGAAUGACUCGUUUAGGUUAGCGUAUGAACGUGUGCGUGAGAGGAAAGAGCUGCAGGAGGAGGGCUAUAUUUUAAAAUUCUGCAGUUUUUUUUUUUUUUUUUGCCUUUUCCAGAAAUGUGCUUACCCCAGCUUUAACUCUACACAGAACACUGAUGGUUAUAUUGAGCUAUGGGCAGCAAAAUCAUAUGUAUUGCUCCUCGUCUAUGAUGUUAUUAUGGUUAGCAGCAGACUGUUAACAUCAUUGAAGCCGUCAUGACAUUUAUUGAUAAAUGUAAUUGAGCUGGGAACACAUUUGACGAUUGAAAGUCCGAUUAUAAACCUGACCUGUCGGUUGAGGAUUCAUAACUCGCUCCUUCUGACGGAGCAUCAGAGCUAUCACAACAAUACCACAGAAUUAAUUUUAACAAGCUGAAUUUCGAAAAAUGUGAAAGUGUGUAAUAUCAGACCUGACAGCGUUUCACUACAGUAUGGUGUUAUUAUGGUUAUGUUAUUAUGGUACACAUUUAAGGGCAGUGUUAUUGCACUUGAUGCUUAAUCAAAGCAGCUUGACACAGGAAAUAUGCAAUCGUCCAGAAGUCUAGGAUAUUUUGAUAUUUCAUUGGAAACCAUCUGGGCAACUCUGCAGAGAACUAGCCAUCAAUUGUGCAUGCAGAAAACAGGCCACUGUUCAGCAAAACACUCGUGUACCAUCCAAUUAAAGUGUGUCGGCCACAACAAGAGCCGUGGAAUCUCCAAUGGCCUUCUCUCAUUGAUCCGUCUGGUCAGGCCCCCUGUGAUUGAAAAGCGGAGAUGGUCAGCCCAAGGUUGUGUAUCUGCUACAGAUCUAACGGAUGACUUUAUUUUGCAAAUUCCUAUUGAAAUAUUUCAAUCAACACCACUCUUUUAAAAAGCUCAUUUGCAUUAAGGCCAUCUCUGUGAUCAUUUAUAAGUGUUCUACAUUUCAAGUCUCAUCUUUAGAUAUUUUUGGUGUACUGAAUUGUAUUGCAGCAUGAGGGAUUUUAAAUUCCACUGAUGGGUAUGAAAGUCUUUUGGCGCAGUGUUCUUGUGGGUUAUAGAUAGUUUUUUCACAGAAGUAUAAUUGAAGUGCAAGUGUGUGUGAGAGGGACUUGGUCUGAUGCAUUUACAUGUUGUGAAAAAAAAGGUAUUUGUAAAAAAUAAAAUAAAAGAUUCUAUUCUAAUUUGA